AUUGCCUUCCGAAAGUAAAAUGUUAAGGGUUUUAGAUUUGGAGGAUGCCCCCAUUGAUGAAUUGCCUGAUGAAGUAUUCAAAUUAUUCAACUUAAGAUAUUUGAAUUUAAGGGGAACUUUACUUAAGAAGCUCCCAAAUUCCAUAGGGCAGCUCCUUAAUCUUCAAACCUUGGACAUUGUGGAGACACAAAUAGAGGCCCUUCCUCUUGGAAUAGGAAAGUUGCAAAACUUGCGUCAUCUAAUUAUGUUUCGCUACACUAGAAAUCGGAAUGACUUUAUGUAUUCUAUAGGGAUGCAAGCACCAUCAAAUAUCGCUCGGUUAAAGAAUUUGCAAUCUGUGUGUUCUAUUGUAGCAAACGAUGACUUGAUAAGAAAAAUUCAGAGCUUGACCCAACUAAUCACAUUCGGUAUUUCAAAUGUGAAAGCAGCAAAUGAGGCGGAUUUAUGUAUCUCAAUUCAAAACAUGACACGUCUUAGAAACAUGUCUAUCAUGGUAACUAAUGAGGAGGAAACUCUCCGAAUGGAUGCACUCUCAUCUCCUCCUCCCAUCCUUCAAAAGCUUUAUUUGACUGCAAAACUAGAGAAGGUUCCAGAAUGGUUUUGUUCACUUAAAAUCCUCACAGAUUUGCAAUUGCAUUGGUCGAGACUAGAAGAAGAUGUGCUCCCUCACAUUGCUGCUUUGCCCCAUUUGGGACGUCUUUCACUUAUUAAUGCCUAUGUUGGGAAACAACUAUGUUUCAGUACAGGCUUUGCUAAGCUUACAAGCUUGGAGAUUCGUAAUUUCCCUCAAUUGAAAGAGAUAAUAAUAGAAAUGGGGGUGAUGCCAAAUCUGAAAUCUCUAUGGAUUGACAGCUGCAUGCAGUUAAAGACAGUGCCCUUGGGCAUUGAAUACCUUAGAACUCUCCAAGAAUUGACUUUGGAAUCUGUCUCAAUGGAACUUGGAAAUCGCAUUCGCAACGUGGAUUUUCCAAAGGUGCAGCACAUCCCAAAGAUAUACAUCUGGCAGUAAUUCAGAAUGCUUCACGAAGUGUUGAGGUGCAUCCCAAAGAUCUAUAUCUGGUAGUAAAUCAAGAAUGUUUCAUGAAGGCAGAAUGAUGCUGAAGAUUAUGAGUUUGCCUUGUUUGCUUCAAAAGGAUUCUGUUUUGUUUGGAGCUCUAAUUCUAAGUAUUGCUUGGGUAUUUUGAUUAUUGUUCAAUAAAUUAAUAUUCAAGACUUUGUUUCUUAUUUGUCUGUAAUAAAUGUAAAAGUUUGAACUCCAAGAUGCCUUUGUGGCAAUUUGUUGGAAGAUUGCUACUGGUUCAACCGUGGAUUUGCUCAUCUUUUGUGUUGUAAUUUGUACAUAAUUUAGCUUGUGUAAAC